AGUACAUGUUGGCCUAAGUUAUCACCGCCUCAAACAAUUCGACGGUCCCUUUGGGGUAUUGCUAGUUUGGCGCCAUGCGCCGUUCGAUACUUUUUAGUCAGCGGCCGCAGGCGAGAGCGCCAGCGGCGAGUCCAGUCAAAGCGGGGCACGCAGCGACAAAUUCACCUAAAGCAACGGGGCGCAGCCUCACCUAUAGCGGCUAGGCGCCGUUCGAUACGCAGACAGACGGUGAUUACAUCAUUGCUCCUUCUCUUCUCCCAUGUCGAGGGCCUGAAGACUGUUGUGAAGAUGGGUUGCGGAGAUACUAUGGGCCCUUGGUCGGUUGUUGCGAUUAACGGCCUGGAGGGCGUUGCGCACUUUGCAUACGGCAACGUGCUGGCUGGUACCAUUUGUCUUGGCUCUGCUGUCUGGGGAGGUGUCGCUGCGGGAGGAGCUGCGUCUGCGGGUAAGGACGCGGCAGUCAGCGCAGCUCAGGAGUUGGCUGAAGAUGCCACCAAAAGCAUUGGCACCGAGUACGGCAAGGAAAUCGGAAAAGAACUCGCCAAGCAGGCGGCCGCAUCUGCGAGCAAAUAUGCCCUUGCUGAGACGGCUAAGAAUGCUGCUAAGGAGGUCACCCGACACAUCGGCGAUAAUCUCGGCAAAGAGAUCGCAAAGCAGGCGGCCGCGGGCACCUGUCCGAUGCCAGCAAGCAGGCGUUCAUCGCCGCAGCUCAACAAGCUGCGUCCCAUGCGACUAAGGAUAUCGGCAGAGAGUUUGCGAAGAUCAUCGGUAGGGAGAUGGCAGCUAAGCAAGUGUCAGAGCUUUGUGUGCAGGGGCUUCGGGAAGCAGCGCAGCAGGCAGCCAAGGGUGCGACCCAGACGAUAGGCCAGGACUUGGGCAAGAACCUGGCUAGUGGAGCUAUCCGACAAGCAGUGCUCGAAGGUUUUAAGGACGGAGCGAAAGACGCAAUUCAAUAUGCAAAGUAUCAGGCCGAGGGUAUCAAAUUCGCUGGCGAGGCUAGCAAGAGCGGUUCCUAUGAGGCGUUGAUGGAUUUCUUCAAAGAGAAAGCCAAAGAGCAAGCAGAAGAGUGCGCGAAGGCGUUAAUGCGAAACAUUAUGAAGGAUGCAUCGAAGGACGCAGUUCAGAAAGCCACAAACAAAGCUGCGGCCGAAACGGGAAUGCAAGCAGGGACGAGUGCCGGCUCUGUAUCAUUGAUGGCCACCGAAGCAGACACUGCAACAGCUUCGGCGACACCGUGGAUCCUUGGUGGCUCUUGGAAAGCUCUGGGCGCCAGUCCGUCUUUGGACUGUGAACCCUUGGCUCCAAUUCACCAUACUGUCUCGGGUACGUGUUUUUGUUGCGCUGCUCGCGGCUGGCUCCUUCGGCGUAGGCUUGGCCGUCACGGCUUGUUAGGGGUCUUUAUUGUGAGAUUGAUGUUGUAUCUUUGAUUGGUUUCCUCUGACUGAUCGUUUUAGCAAUGGAUCGUGUCCCACACAUGUGACAAGACCUUUUGCUCUCAGGAUCAGCUCGGUAGACCUCCACCUCCUCUUCUUUCCUCCUCCUACUUCUCCCUCAUCCUCCUGCUGUCUUUCUCCCGGCCCUUGGUCUGACAUUGGAAAUCAGCCCAGAGGUGAGGGGGCGGGACGACGUAAGGAUCCGGUUUCCAGUGAGGGGGGGAAGUACCUGUUUGAUGGCGCGGGACGGCGCGGCAUUAAUUUAGGCCGUUCGGUCCUCUGCGUCCAGCACAUCUUAUGUGUAGUUGGGGUCCUAUGCGCCAGCGCAUCAGAACGUGCCACUGCCUCAGGCAAUCCUUGACGUACGUGCCUCAGUUCGAUGCUAUGUUUUGAUCGUGGCCACUUGACAUGUGCAUGGGGGAGGAUAUAUUGAGCAACGACGGGCUCACCAGAUCAACUGAGACGCCGAGCCCGCGCGAUUAGGU